AUGCACGAGGCCAAGCAGGUGCGGCCAUACUGGUGCCCUGGCACCCAUAAUGUUGCAGAUGUAUUUACGAAGUUAAUACUUGGAUGUAAUGGGAAUGGAAGGUUCAAAUCGAUUGCAUUCAGACUACCCAUCACUACAGGGGACACACAGGCUGUGUACAUCUGGGACUACUGGAAUGCCUCAAGCGGUCAAUUGCCUGACAAUUAUUGUAAAAGUUUUGAGUACAAUCUCUGUGGCGAUGGUCCUGUAAACACAGACGUCCUCAAACACCAUGGCUCUGACAACUCUUCCCCGUCCUCUCGUGCUAAGUUGAAUGUUGCUAAAUUGCUUUACAAGCAGGGAAUGGCAAAAAGAGCUACCAGGCUGGUGCAGGAUCACCACCGCCGUGGACUGUCACCACCUGUUCCUUCCUGUCAGACUAUGGUUGAUGUAGACCCCUCGUUUGCAACACCUAACGCCCCAUCUGCAGACUGGUCGCGCCUGUCUCGUGUGGUAGAAUUGUUAGCUUGCGGUGCAAUCUUAUAUAUGUCCUAUAUGCUUGAAGGCUCUGGAACAAAAAUGCUCUACAUGGAUCUUCAUUAUUGGCUUACGAUCCAGGGGGAGUAG